UUGUUUGUUUAUUAAAGCCAAACCAAGUUCCUGGUGUCUCUUCUUAUCCAUAUACAUGAGGGGCGCAGCAAUGUUGGUGAGAGGCGUGGGAUCCAUAUUGCAGAUGCAGUUUGCCCAGCCAUACGGCGGAGUUUCAAAAAUUAUGAACAAAAUAAUGGCAAUUGAUGCCGACAAACUCCGCUCUCAGUUUCUUCACCUCCUUCACACCCGUCGUACUCCACAAGUUCCACUCUGUGUGAUACCUGGGAAACCUGUGAAUGAUCCAUUAUAUCAGGAAUUUCCAAAGCCAAUAUUCAGUGAGGUAAUGUCAUCUUGCCCUAAAGAAGAUAUUCCCAAUAUGAAGGAACUUAUUCAGGAGCAAAAUUUCUACUUGACCACAGAGGAAGGAGAGCAAGGACGGUUGCCUGUCUUGGUAUUGAGCAUGAAGGAAGCCACUAAGAAAAAGAGGCCAGCUAUUGUCUUCCUGCAUAGUACAAACAAAUGUAAAGAGUGGUUACGGCCAUUGCUUCAGGCAUAUGCUUCAAGGGGAUACAUAGCUGUAGCAAUUGAUUCUCGAUACCAUGGAGAACGUGCCACCAAUACGACAACAUAUCGUGAUGCCCUUAUAUUGUCAUGGAAAAAAGGUGAUACAAUGCCGUUCAUAUAUGAUACGGUGUGGGACUUGAUAAAACUAGCGGAUUAUCUAACAGAGAGGGAAGAUAUUGACUCGUCAAGGAUAGGAAUUACUGGUGAAUCACUUGGAGGUAUGCAUGCAUGGUUUGCUGCAUUUGCCGACACUCGUUUUUCAGUGGUUGUUCCUAUAAUCGGAGUUCAGGGAUUUCGGUGGGCUAUUGAGCAUGAUCGAUGGCAGGCAAGAGUUGACAGUGUCAAAGAUGUGUUUGAAGAAGCACGUUCCGAUUUAGGCAAGAAUGAAAUUGACAAAGAAGUGGUUGAGAAGGUCUGGGACAGAAUUGCUCCAGGUUUGGCUUCUCAAUUUGAUUCACCAUACACCGUCCCAGUCAUUGCCCCACGCCCUUUGCUGAUUUUAAAUGGAGAGGAAGAUCCGCGUUGUCCAAUUGCUGGCCUGGAUAUUCCAACGUCAACAGCCCAGGAAGUUUGUGCAGAUGCUGACUGUCCACUUAAUUUCAAGCUGACAGUUCAAGCUGGUAUUGAGCAUCAAAUGACUCCAUUGAUGGUAAAGGAAGCUAGCAAUUGGUUUGACAAGUUCCUUAGAAUGUAAUCGAUAUACAUUUUUCUCAGCUACUAUUUGCAUUCUGAUUAAAGUUCGGGACAAGUGAUAUCAAAGAUUAUGAAAUUACUUGGAAUAAUUUAAAUUACAAUUUUAUACCAUGUCAAUUUUAUGUUUUAUAUAAAGUUCAAUUAGCAUCAACUCCA